GUCGCAGUUUGUCCUCACAAUUUGGAUUGCUCACAACUCAAAAGCAAAUCAAGCUCACAACUCCAAACACUAAACUCCCCCACCCCACCGUCAAAGUACAACCUAACAACUCAACAAUGGUCGACCGAGGAAACUUCAAACAACAGCAAAUCUGCUUCCUGGACGAAAGCAUUGUCAUCCAAGCUAAAAUGGACAGCAAGAACCUUCCUCCCUCCUUCAAGCCCGACAACUGGUCCGUCAUUUGCGGGCGAGGCAAGGAAUGCUACGGUCACGUCGGCAACAAAAGGCUCAAGGUUCUGGUCAAUGCAAGCCUUGAGCGGUAUUCAGCCACAAAGUCCAAAAUGGAGAAGACCCUGAUCGUAACUUCUAUUGUAGACUCAGUCCGAGAAGCAUCACCAUCAGGUGGCUUCGUAAAACAGGACCCCAAAACGAAGAGCUGGUAUGAAGUCGGGGAUGCUGUUGCGCGCGAAAAAGUGGGUCAACUUCUCCGAGAAGCCUUAUCCAAGAGACGAGCAAAAGUUCAGCCCAAGAAAUCCACUUUCAAAGAAGCCAAAGCAGCCUCUCUGGCACAAGUGGAACCCGCAAAGAUGCAGACUCCCUCCGUCUCCGAAUUACUGCAUAAUUUGCCCCAGGACCUUCGGUUUGUUUCACUUCCACACGGUGGUGAUGUCGUCCACAACCGCCGUCGCCAGUCCAUCAGAGCGUUCGGCUUUGGCACAAUGGACCUCAGCAACGACGUCGUCACCAAGAACGUGUUUGAGCAAAAGGCCAGCGAGGACGAGGCAGAAGUUGGGGGCGCAGCCGAUCCUAGACAACACGGUUACUUUGAGCUCUAA